UUUCCCUCUCUCGCCCCCCUCGUUCCCCUGUCUCCCUUCUCCUCAUCUCCUCCUGACACUGCACUGCAGCUGCUCCUCCAGUCCAGUCCUGCCCGCUUCCCUCCCUCCUUUCCCUUCCCUCCCCCCGGGUGCCAGAUAAACAAGGCGCGCAGCAUCCUCGACAAUCCCGAUCUUAGCUCUACAUUUUCGAAAAGGACAAGAGAACGGGACGAGCCCCCUCCCCUCCUCCUCCUCCUCCACCCCCUUCCUUCUCCUCCUCCUCCUCCUCCUCCUCCUCCCCCCUUCCCUCCCUGCCCCCCCACCAGAGAAGGGAAGAGACAAUUCUCCUCCGAGCAGCAGCAAACAUGAUGGCGGCAGCUCCCAUCCAGCAGAACGGGACCCACACCGGGGUUCCCAUAGACCUGGACCCGCCGGACUCCCGGAAAAGACCGCUUGAAGCCCCCCCUGAAGCCGGCAGCACCAAGAGGACCAACACGGGCGAGGAUGGCCAGUAUUUUCUAAAGGUCCUCAUACCUAGUUAUGCUGCUGGAUCUAUAAUUGGGAAGGGAGGACAGACAAUUGUUCAGUUGCAGAAAGAGACUGGGGCCACCAUCAAGCUGUCUAAAUCCAAAGAUUUUUAUCCAGGUACUACAGAGCGGGUGUGUCUGAUCCAGGGAACAGUGGAAGCACUAAAUGCAGUUCAUGGCUUCAUUGCAGAGAAGAUUCGAGAAAUGCCUCAGAAUGUGGCCAAGACAGAGCCUGUCAGCAUUCUACAGCCUCAGACCACUGUUAAUCCAGACCGCAUCAAACAAACAUUGCCAUCUUCCCCAACUACCACCAAGUCCUCUCCAUCUGAUCCCAUGACCACCUCCAGAGCCAAUCAGCUGGAAUCCUUCAUUUCAUGUCUAAACUCUAAGCAGAAUUAACCUACCCUCCAUGGACCAACUGUAGACUUUCUUCUGGCCCUCAUGUUAAUAAAGUACUUGUAAUAUAUUUCUUUUGUCCUUUAACCAUUAUUUUGCUGAAUUUUGCAGUAUUUUAACUCAAUGCUUGUUUGCAUUGUUUCCUUAAAAUAUAUAUUUAAAUUAUAUAAAGAUGUUUAAAUAACAAAAAAUCUUAUAAGCAAAACGGUUUGGGGAUUUUAUUCUUCUUAUUGUCUGUUUCAGUAUUUCCCCUUGGGACAAGUGUGUAUAUGUAGUAUAAUUUGGGUUCAUAUUCUGUACUCAUUUCCUUUUUUCCUCUCCCACUGCACAACAAUUAUGAGGGCACUGUUUACUGUCUUAAAUGUAGGACAAAUGUCAGGAGCUUUCCUGAGAAAUGGGGAAAGAUGUAGAUUCUCACUGCUGAGUCUCUGAAUCCUACUGGCACAUCAUUCAUGGGAUGUAAUAAAUGACCUGCCAGUUGCAGUCUUGAAAGUAAAAAUGUGAUUCCAUGUUCAUGUAUCUUCUUUGGAUUUCAUGUUUGAUAAUAGUUAGAAUCACUUAGUUUCCGACUUCAUCCCCCCCUUCAAAAAGAUAUAUGUUCUCAGUGUAAUGGGAAGAAUUACUAUUCCCUUCUAUUAAAACAGAUAAAUGUCUUAAAUCAAUAUCUCCUCAUGUUUUAAGCUCUUCCUGGUUGUUAGAUAUUUUUUUUCCCACAUAGAUAAAAAUCAGGAGGCAAAACACCAAAACAAAACAAAAGCCCCGCAUAUAAAAGUAAAGCUUAAAAAAAAAGAAAAAGAGAGAGAAAAACUGUGUGUUUAUGAAGACUUAGAUGAUUUAGAAAGCAUAAAAAUCUUACUGUAGUGUGACUUUAUGAAGGCUGCUUUUUAUUCAAAUAAUUUAUUUUUAAAUCAUUGUCACUUCAGUUUAGAUGCUAAGAUCAUUGCUGUUUAAAGUACACGUAUGAGUUUCAUGGGAUUUAUUCACUUUAAAAUAUAUUGUAGUGAACAUAUAAAAAGCUAAUGCUUUUUUUGGAUUGAAUGCAUUCUGUUUAGACUUGUAGGGUUAUCAUAAUCUUGUCUUAUUUGAGUUAAGAGUUCAAAAAGUCCCUCACUGUAUUUAAGAUGUUCUUUCAAUUAAGGAUAUUUGUAGACAUGAUAUAUAGCUUUUGGCAUUUUUCCCUGUGCCCAUACUAACAAAAGGUCCUAUCUGCUGAGGUAAAAGGAUCAUUAAAUGUACAAAAUUUGGAGAAUACACAUUUUUCUUUUUGCCAAAAUAGGAUAAGGGUUUUCAAAUGUCCUUUGCCAAAGGGUGUUUAAUUUCUUCAACUUCUUUGUUCCAUUUUAAGUAUAAUUCCUUUAUCAGUACAAAAUUAAAACAAAUAGUAUUUUAUCAAAUUCCAGGUAUAUACAUGUUCACGUUCCAUCCCAAAUAAGCUAGAGUGAAAGUUGCCAACAUGUUAUGCUGUGAUCCAGCCAAUGUUAACUGUGACUUUGAGUUCUUAGUAUUCAGAUUUGGUAUUGUAGAUGUACUGUUUCAUCACAACUGCUGUUGGGUGAAAAAUCCAACCAUAUUCUCAGGUAUACAGGCAAAGAGUCACUUAGUGCCUUCUUAGCUGUUUGAACAGCCCUGAGAAAACAGAAGAGCAGAGCAAUUUCCAGAAUGCAAAUCUGGAUGACUUUAUUGUUUCUCUGCUGUGUAAUCAGUCACAUAAAGGUUUGACUCCACGUUUUCAAUUAUUUGGAAUUUAAUUUAGUGGCUUUUAGGGAGUUCAGAAUUUAUCUGAUCAAGGGUUGUAUGAGAAUGUGGAAAGGAAACAUUGAGACUGUAAAGCUGACUUUUGCACCAGGACAGAUUCUGUACAGCAGACUGUAAUGUAGAAAAGGCAAUACCAUAUUUUUCUGUCAGGUGUUGAGUGAGGCAUGAUUAGGCCUGGCCCUAGAAGACCCUGCUUGUUAGUUAAGUGGGAUUUUUGUGCUACCUGAAAUAUUUUCAUUUUCACAAGCUGUUUGCAGGUAUAGUGCUGGGCCACACUUUGCUACGCAGAAUGCUAGAUGCAUUGUUUUGAGAAUUCAUCAGAUGUGGGAAGUCAUAGAUAGAUGUGAGAGAAACCCACCAAUUAUUGUAGGUCUCUGCCUGAUUUGAGUGAAAAAGUAUUCUUUGUAUACAAAUCAUAGAAGGAGAUUGACAUGUUGCACUCUAGGGAAUAAAAGGUAGGAGAUUUUUCCUUUUCCAGAGGUUAACUGCAUCUGUUGAGACCUUAGCUUAAAACAUUGCAGCCUAGAUUUCAGAUAGUUUCCAUCAAAACAAUGUGUAACUGCAUCUUUUUCAGUAGUAUUAUCCCCUAGUUUUAUUCUUGUAGAUUUUUUCAUAUUUGUUGAUUUUGGGUUUGGUGGUUUGUGUUGGGGUUGGUUGUUUGGUUGGUUAGUUAGUUGUUUUUUCCUCUGAAGGUAAAUUAGAUCUCCUGCAAGUAAUAGCAGAUAUUGAGAGGCAUAGUUUACAAAUAGUGGAUCAAUGCGAUUAUUGUCGUAUCACGACUCUAAGGGUUCACUGGUCUGUUACCUGCCAGUGAUUUACAUUUGAAUCUUUGCAGUCUUGAAGAGUAUCAGUCUGGGGGUACAGAGGGUCUGUUGCCUGUUUCAUCUUCUGUUUUCCCCUGAUUCUCAAAUGGCAGCUCAGUGAAUGGAAUGCAGCCAUAGAGAUCCAAGUCUUACUGGACUAUUUUCCCUCCCCUUACAUUAUCAAACAGUAAUACAUUUCUACAUGAUAAAUUACUCAUUCAAGUGAAAUUAAUACCUGUGAUUAGGAUGGGGUUAGAAAAAUAUGUUUGAGAUUUUUAUUUCUUUAAAGUUUCUGGAAGGCUGCACUUCCCCUGUAGUGAAAAUUCCUCUUUCAUGUUUGUUAAGUAGCAAUGUACAUUAGCUCAGUGCUUCUCAGCUGCCCCCUAUCCAUGAGAUACUGAAAUGCAGUCUCCAUGUGGGCUCUUCUAAAGUGUUACAGUUAUGAAAUUAAACUGAAUUCAUGAAAUAGAUUAGGCUAUGAUUAAUGGCAUUCUGUAGUAAAAAGUACUGAACCAAAAUACAAUACCUUAAGAUCUGCAGACCUGUGCACAUGUAUAAUUGAGUGAUGCGGAAAAAAAGAGCAAUCAAGUCAAAAGAUAAUCACUUCCUUGCAGAAAAUUUAUUCACACAAACAAAUUUAAAAUGUUUAAUAAAACAACUGUAAAUAUAGCCUAUAACCAGUAUUAUCACAUUGUUUUAGAAACAGAAGGAUAUAACAGUUGUUUGUUAAAGACAUUUCACAGGUCGUAUUUCACUUAUAUGCCAACAAUUAAGAGGCUGUUUUGUAGGAAUUUCUGCUUUAAUUAUGUCAUAAUUAAUUAGAUAAUAAAUGAUACACAUUACAUUAGCAGUCACAGAAAAGACUGAUUGGCUGUACACAAUGUCUGUGUGUACUCUGAUGGUUAUCUUUACUGCAUCAAUUUCAAAGUAAACUGGAAGUUAUGCCUACCUUACAUUAAUAGGAACACAGGUGAAUCAGGGUAAGAAAAGGAGAAGACUGCAGCUUUGAUAGGACAAAAACUUAUGUUUUGAAACAUGAAUUUAAGUGAAAUUAGAAUAAUUUAUAAUGCAUUUAUUGAACUCUGUCUAAAAAGAGUUUUUACCGUAAAAAGGAUCACAGUGAAUAUUUGUUAAAUAGAAAAAAGGGACAAAUGUAUUGUGACAUCAAAAAGGAUUAGUAAAUCUAUUGAUUUCCUUACCUCUGUCUCAUUUUUGAGAGAGCUCUUUCAUUUUUUCAUUGUUUUCUUUUCAUAUGUUUCAGUACCUUUUGUCUAAAAUAAAAAUAAAUUCUCAGCUGUUGAAGAAGGAGAAUGUGUGUAUAGUAUGCAUAAGAGUUGAAAUCAGGGCAAGAGUUAGAUGCAAAUUAUUUUGCAUUGUGUCUUUAAGAGAUAUUUAAAUCAAAUUUACUCAGAUGCUUCCUUCAACUUUACUCUGUAUAAGAUAUUUUUCCAUGUUAAUGCACACAGUACUACACAUUGGUAAUAUAGGUAUAAAAACAGGUAAUGUAAAUGUGUAAAUACAGCCAUAUUUGUGCCCCACAGCCUUAGUUUGCAUGAAGAAUAAUUUUUUUUUCCCACAUGAACAUUUUUGUGAUCUUAUUAGCUACACAAAAUUAUUAGUAGGUGCAAGUUACCUAUAUUGAAGUAUUGCCAAUGCCUAGUGCCUGUCUACAGAUACUUUACCUUAAUGAAAUUUGUCUCCCAUUGUAUGAGAAAUAUAACCCAGAGUACAGAUGUAUGGAAACAAUAUGAUUUGCAAAUACGUGGUUUAACAAUAAAUAUAUAUGGUUUUCCUACUGAGUUAUGUGUGUAUGAUCUAAAUCCAGGAUCUUCACAUUUAACAAGGAGGAUGCAGUUGUUCCUUCACCUGUCUCUUGCAAUUACAGGGAUUUUUUACAAGCUAAGUUGACUUUGAUAAAUGACUUCAGUUAGCACCUAUCAAACGUUUUGCUUCUGCUAACUCCGGUAAUUGGUAACUUCUUGUCUCCACUUAUUCCAGUAUUUUCUUUUUGCCAUGGCAGCAGUUACUUCUGGUCUCCUUGUGGCUAUCUUGGUUAAACACAUAUACUGCAAGUUUGCAAGAAUUAACCAAGAAGUUAACCAAUACUUCUAAACUACAGAUAUGAAUCAGCUGGGGUGAAUGUUAAAUUCUAAAUCAGCCAACUACUUGUUGUUACUAAAUAACUUAUUUGCAAUUAAUGAUAUAUUUCCUGAGACCUACAGAUUGAUUUUGCCUUAUGCUGUUCUCUGAUCCUUCUUAGAGACAGAACAUCAGGCUCUGAGAAGAAGAUUUUGUAUUGAAUUGUCAGAAGACUCUAUUAGCAUUAGAGAGCUAUGGAGUCCUGUAGCAUUGCUUAUGAAGUUUGGAGACAUCACAGAAUCUCAAAAUCAAUUAGCUUGGAAAAAAACUUCUGACAUCUUCAAGUCCAGAUGAUGAUGUAACACCACCUUGUCAACCAGACCUUGUCACUAAGUCCCACCUCUAGUCAUUGAACACCUCCAGGGGUGGUGACUCCACCACCUCCCUGGACUGUUCAUUCCAACAUUUAAUUACCCUUUCUGUGAAGAAAUUCCUUCUCAUGUCCAGCCUGAACUUCCCCUGGAACAGCUUGAGGCCAUUUCCUCUUGUCCUGUCACCAGCUGCCUGGGAGAGGAGGCCGACCUCCCACCUCACUGCAGCCCUCUUCCAGGGAGUUGUAGAGAGCAAUAAGGUCUCCCCUGGACCUCCAUUUCUCUGGGCUCCCUCAGCUGCUCCACAUAGGACUCACUCUCCAGACACCUCACCAGCUUCUUUACCCUUCUCUGGACAUGCUCUUUCUUGAAGUGAGGAGCCCAGAAGUGACAACAGUACUUGUAUGUGGCUGCCUAUCCAUCCAACCAUUGGGGAAACCACACUAAGGAAACUUAUUUCCUUUUUGUAAUUAAAAUUUCUAAUAAUUACUGUUUUUCAUGACCUAGAGAGACAUGGUCAUAUAAAUGCUUUCUGUUUAACUGCCCUCCCUUUCUCAUUUGAAAACAAUUUUCAAAUGACAUCUAUGAGUGUCUCAGAAUUUCAUUGAAUAGUUCUUGCUACACAAGAUUCUAUUUUAUUAGUUAAGGAUUACUUACUACAGAGAUGAUCAAGCUUCUGCUGCUUGUUGUCUAUUGCAAAGCCAGGGGUUCAAAGUAACCAUAACCCUUGGUGCUGUUAAUCUUGUUAGUUCGUCUAGAUGGACCAGAUGCAUUUUGCAGAAGUCAGAUUUCCCUCUCAGUCAUCUUUAUUCCACCAUAUUUAUUUUAUGCAUAUUGGUUGAUGAUAGUGUAAGUUUUAUCUUUCAUUUUACCCUAAUUUUGUGAUCUUUGAGUAAAAGUACAUGUGCAAAACUGGUGCCGGGCUAUGCCAAGAUGUACCAUUAAAAAUGCCCUGUUCAGUCUUGUCUUACCUUUAUAUGUGUAAUUAAAUAUAGACUGGAUAUGGAAGAUACUUCUCAGACAAAGUUAUAUUAUUUAGAUUACCUAAUAUUGUUAAGAGCAGAAAUCUAGUUUCCAAGAAAGGUUGGGAAGUCCCUUGAAAUAAUUUUGUAACAGACUGUAGGUUUUAUACCUAGAUUUUGAAAUAAGAACAUCUUUCAUUUGGUCUGUGCAUCAGACUUAUUUUUGACAUGGUUGCAGCUGGGAGACAUGAUGGACCUGGGAGGAAGUGGGAUCUCCACUCAUUGUGUCUGUAGAGAGUAAAAAUAUGUCCAUAUCUUUCAUAUGGACUCAUUUGGGUUUGUUUUUUCUUAUUGUUUUUAAAAUCAGCUGAAUUGCAAAAAUAUGAUUUAAAGAGUCACUGCUGAAUAAGUAGCUUCUGUACUCUACCUGAGCUGAAGCUCUGCACUAGAUACUCAGUGCAAGAGGACUGCUUCUACUUAAAAGUAAACCAAGCAUUAGGCACUCUUAUUUAGCAGUAUAUAUUUAUAAGUACAGUACUGUGUGUGCAUAUAAAAGUGUCUACAGUAGUGAUAUAUAGUCAGAUAGGUUUGGAUUAGCUUCACUUAUUCACCUUUCUUUAAGUUUUUCUAUUAAAUUGCAUGUCUGUGGGAAUGGUAAGGAGGUCUUUUGUUGUUUUGUUUAGUGGUGUUUUUUGUUUUGUUUUUUUAAUUGUUGUGUUUAGUUAGAUAACAUGUUUAAAAUAUUCCUCCUUCUAGAAGCUAUUCGGCUCUUCCAUCUUAUGUGUUUAUAUCUAAAGCAAAAUGGAUAUUUUCAGAAAAAAACUUAUAAGAAAAAUUGUAUUUAUAUAAUUUUUAGGAAAAAUGUGGUCAUUAGCUUUGUGCCAUUUUUCCUUUUUAAUUUUUUUAUAAUGAAAAACACCACAAAGCUAUACAAAACUAUCUGUAGGGGAAAAGAAGAAUAAAUAUGCUCUUAUUUUCGUGGACCUGAGAUAUUAAUAGUGUUACCACAAGGGUUUUAAUUCAUGUGUGUCUCCCCUGUCUUUUUAUGGAGAACAGAAUAAUUACCCCAGAAUUUUAAUUGCAAAUAAUGUAGGGGGGGGGAAUGUUAGGGUUUAGUAUCAUUAUUUUAUUUUAUGGUCAUGAAAACUCAAAGGCAUUCAUUUAGACAAAACACAUUCUGCUAGUUGCACUUUACCUCCUUUCAAUAUCUACCAUUUUUUUCAAUCCCAGAGAUUCUCACUUAAAACUUCAAUUUUCAAAAUAUCAGAAUAUGAUAACUGUGAUAGCAAAAUUGAGGACUAUUUGUAAGCAUGAAAAUAUUGAAAUAGUGUAUUUUAAGAAAGGGACUAACGACUGUCAUAUUUUCAGAGCACUUUACCCACUUCCUUUGGGAAUUGCAAACCUGUUGAUAUGAGUAACCAUAAAGUUUCUUCCGCUGAUGAUCAAACUCCCUCUUUUGGCCUCCCACAAAAGGAUCUCAAAGAGCAUUGAGCAAGAAAGAAACACCCCUUUUUUAAUGGUCAUAAUAAAUCCUUAUUUUCCAUGCCAUAGAAUUGAAAUGGUCCUGCUGAUUCACCUUAAUUCCACAUAUUUUAAAAGAGAGGUUUCCUGCACAUGAUGAUAUAUAGUUGAUAACUUAAAUUUUGUUCUGAAUUGCCAAAUGAUUCCUUAAUUACUGUGCUACAUAUCUUGUAGAAAUCAACUGUAGCAAAGAUCGUCUGAAAACAAAAUAAAACUCUUAGCCUUCUUUUGUCCUGUCAGUCCUAUAGAUAGAUAGAUUAAUUUUAAACGUGGUUUCCAGAGACUGAUUUUCAGUAUUCUUACCAGUAAUGCUGAAACAUUAUUUCAUAUUUGGAUUUGAAUCCUAAAUUAAUUUAGAAAAAGUUUAGCAUGCUGUUAAAAUAAUGUGAUCUGGCCAGCAAUGUCAAAACAUAAAAAUCUCAAUGUAUUUCUAAUAUCCAGGGUUUAUUUUUUUCAAGGUUUCAAGUUUUAGUCAAUUUCAAUGAAAAGUGUCAUUGACAGGGAAAUAGCAAGUCCCUUAGCACAUUUCUAUUGGCUAUUCUUCCCUCUGAAUUUAAUUAAAUGACAUACCUAAUGCAUGUAAUUUUUUGCACUGAUACUUUUAGAAGAACAUAAUCAUGUAUACUAGCCAUGUUUAUCCAAGUUUAUACUGAAAACUGUGCACUUCUGAUAGGCUAUGAUGCUUUGUAAUGUUAACAGUGCAUCUUGAAAACUGGUACUCCAGUCAAAGGGUUAUUUAAAAAAUACUCUCAGUUUUCUCUUAGACUUGCAGGUCCAUAACCACUAAAUAGAUAAAUAAAUAAAUAAAUAACUAGUCUCCUGGAAGUCAAUGGAAAAUUGAUUCCUAGGUUUCUGCUUAUUGUCUGUCCAAGAUUUGUUAUUAACAUCUUAGCAAAUUUCUUGUAUGUGUAAGCCAUAGGAUUUCUUCCAAUGAUUGCUUCUCCUCAAGUGCAAGUUUUCUUGUUAAAAUACAGCAUGUCAUUGAGAGCAAGUUUAUUAUCUGCUACUGGGGAGUACCUGUAAAGCUCGUGCAUGCAGUCAGUCUUUAAAGGAUUCUCUUGAGGAGUGCAGAAAUGUCCUAUUCAUUUAUGUAUUUACCUUCUGAAGCUUUGCCAGGAAAGCAACCAGUGCAAUGCUUCUUUGGACAAGGAGGUAAUAGCUAUCAGUAGCCAAAGUAACAUCUACAGAUCUGUGACUGGAAAAGCAUAAAGAAAAGGGAUGCACCCACUUUGCCCCUCUGUCUGUCAAGAAGAUAAUUAACUUUUGAAACUGAAGUGAGUUUUAUGAGUUCAUAAGUUAGAUCCCAUCUAAUGUAAAACAGUGGGAGUUUUUUUAGUGAUACCAUCAGUGAGGUGUAUUUGGUUUUAAAAUAAUGUACAUUAUCUACAUUUUAGGUCAAUUAUAUUGUAUUGAGAAGUAGUUUUUUUCAGCAAUUCCAGUAAUGAAAUUACAUUAUAUAUAGUUUCUUUCAGUUAGAAGUAUCCCAAAUUGCUAUACUUAAUAGUUCUGUAAAUAUUCAUGCAUUUUUGAAACCCAUCCUUGACUCUGUGGAGUGCUGGCAGGUGUUCAUAGAACACCAUGCAACAAAUUAUAUAAGAAAGAAGAAAAAAAGGGAAAUUUUAGAUGGGGGGAGAGGAAACUAUGGUGAUUUUAAAUAGAGAAUAGGGUUAACAUUCUACCAUCACUGAAGGUUUUAAGCAAUACUGGACAGAGCUGUUAGUAUUCUUGCUUUCUGUCCCUUUAAAAAUGUUUCAUCUGAACAACAGCAGAGCCAAUAUGGAUGUCUAAUUUUCUAUGUAUACUGCAUUCUCUGCAACUGAGUAAAAAUCUAUUCAUUUUUUCUCUUGUGUAAUUUAGUAUGUAACCAGCUCAUUUUUUCAUUUUUUAAUUAUAAAAGAGUGAAAAGUAUAAAUGAAGCUUCUCAAAAUACAUUACACUUCUUUGCAAAUGUAAUUUGAAACUCAUGAAACAUUCAUGCAUUAAAUAUGGAAUUUUGUUUUUAUGCUACUGAGAAAAAAAUUAGAAAAGUUAAGUUUCUUCUCUAUGUUAUUAAAACUAUGUAUCAUAGAAAAUUCAUGGAGGAGUUGGUUUACUCCAUUCCCACGGUUUUGAAUCAUGUUUUCUUGAGGGAUACUUAUGAAACUACUCAGAAUUUUAUGUGUGCAUAUGUGAGUGUAAAAUUUUAAUAAUACUUUCUUCAGGACCAGAUAAUCUUAUAAAAUCAACCACCUGUAUUACCAACACUGUUUUAGCAAUUAUUCUUUCUGUGUACACAACUUGGCUGUGCACAUAUUCUGUUUUUGAGAGAAGAAGCCUUUCUAUUUAUGAGUUAGAGCCUACACACACUGGUGACAGAAGGGUAACUAAAGCAGGCACCAGAGAAUAUUUUUCUUGUUUCUUUAAACAUGAUUUGCUAGCUCCUUGCUGUGAGAAAUUUGCAUUCCAAAUUACAUCUUUAGUUAAAAGCAUGAAAGAAAAAUCUUAAUGUUCAUACUUUAAAGUGGGCAGAAUUGUAAUUAGGCAGUUACUAAAAGAAGUGGGAGUGACUUUUUUAAGUGCCUCAAAGAGUCAAGGUUUAAUAUCAAAUGCUAAUUGAAAAAUAGUAUUGAUUUAAGCCAAAAGAGCAAUUUGUGCAAAACAUCCUUACACAGUCUUAUCUCUAGUAAAUAUUUCUCCUCCUUAGUUCCAACUUUCUAAGCCUUGUGAUUUCAGAUGUAAAUUGUCCCCUUGUAUUUAAGUUGAAGUUAGGUUUCUAUUGCAUGAUAGUUUUUGAGACUGAAAUGAAAUGAUAAAUGCAACCUCAGCUGAGAGAGGAAGGAGGUCUAGGAACUGCAGAAAAAUAAACACUUUUUAGCGUCAGUAUCAGACCAAAUUCCUUCUGCAGUGUACCAGCAGAUAAAACCAAACAUCUUAGAUUUUGCUCUGUCAAUGUAUUAUAUUUGUAAUAAUCUAGUGUGAUUGAGACAAAACACAAAGUUGCAAUAUUUUUUGAAUGGAUUAAGUUAACCUUGAAUUGUCUUGAAAGCAACUGUAAUUAUGAAGUCAGAAAUACCACAAAUAGGCAAUGCAGGGAAGGUGCAAAAUUAUAUUCAUCUUGAAAUAAUUGCAGGCAACAUUUAUGAAGGGAAUACUACAAAUAUAUGUACUGCUUGUGAUGAGAAGUAAAUCUUAUUAACACAAACAUGAGUAGGAAAAGUGCAUUAUAUUGAGGAACAAAGUAGCAGCUAAUCUCUUCCUGUAAUCCAUUGCACUUGUUCACACAGUAUUUUAGUUCUAGAUGUUCUUUUAUGGAAAGAGAGAAAGUAAAUUGGAAUGACAUUUACAGAAUUUAAACAUAGUCAGGGAAGAUGACAAUUUAGGGUCUAGGUUUAUUUACAUGAUGAUCUAGCUAAAUUUACGAAGAACUGCUUUGCUUUUUAUGUAUAUAUGUGUAUUUUUUAAAUAAGUAUCAAGUGGACUAUUAGGAAAAUGUCUCCAAAACACGUCUCCGUUCCUUCUAAAAAUUUUCUCUGAAGCCAAAAUGUAUGAUCUGGAACUGAGCAAUCAAGAAUUAGUUCAGUUCACUUUUGAAAAAGUAAAUUCAUGUUUCAGCACAUACAUGAAUCCAAUAUGGAAUCCAAUCCAGAGAUACUGAAAAUAUUGAGAGAAAUUCCAUUCAAUUUUCAGACAUAGAAUUCAGAGGCCAGAGGGAAUUUUAAAGAGUUUAAAAUAAUUGAUGAGUAAGAAGACAUAAAAAGAUAGAAAAAGGUAUGAAAUAGAAUGUAGCAAUUUACAAUUUUAAGGAAAUGCAGUUAUUUGCUUUAGAGGCUAAAAUGUAGAAUUGUGACAAAUUGGAUGAAUUUGUUAGGUUAGAUGGAAUCUUUUCUGUAAAGUGUUUUCCUGUUAAGAAAAAAUAAACUGACAUUAGACAAGUAGUGGAAAGAUUUAAUAGAAGGAAAGAGAACAACUGUUACAGAAAAUUCAUGGAAUGAUUUAUAAUCACACUGUUGAAAAUAAAAGAGGAGAAAAGAAAGCUGAAUAAUAGAUAAAAAAGAUCCUUGGUUCAUUAAUCUCUGUGCAAUCUCUUAGAAACACUUUUGUGAGGUGGAAUAAACAGAGGCUGAUACAUUUAAAUAUUUCCGCAGUAGAAUUGUUGCAUUUGUUUUUUCCCAGUUUUGAUGCUAUUUUGUACAAUCAGUAAUAUUUCUCUUCUGGUGUAAUUUAGUGCAGGCAUGUGUCAUGCCAGCAUGUGAAACUUGAAACCUAAAACCAUUUUUUUCAACUUUCUUAACACACAGCUUCUCUAAUUGGUGUAGCAGCCAUAUAAAGUGCUAAUUCUUGCUAUCUAGCCUGCAUUUCAUCCUUCCACUACAUUUAUCAGCAUAGACUUUGUAUUAGCUGGCUCUCAUGUAUGGUGUGAGUUUGUGAUUGCCAUCCCCCGAGUUCCAGAGACUCUGAGAAGUGAUUUUAUAACCAGACCACAUAUUGUCAGAGGAGGGCAAAGAAGUAAAGCAGUAGAAAAGUGAAAGGUGGGAGCUUUACUAUGGGUAGUUGGAAGUCUUUACAUGAGAGGAGCAGGAAUAAGAACUGGGAAGACACGAAGUGGGAAGUAGUGCAGAUUUGGUCAUGGUUCUUCUUCCCAUGGCAAUAUUUAGCAUGUAUUCAUAUGCAUUCAUAGCUGCUCAGUGCAGAUUAUCCCUGUGCAGCACUGGGGAGGAUGAGAAGUGGCAGAGCAUAAUCACCCAACAUCUGGCAUUCCACACUAGAUGCUAUUCUCACUUAACUGAGUCAGGGCUCUCACUUUGGUAAAUCAGAGGACUUUAGGCAAUUCUGAUUCGAUAUAUGAAUGCAGCAUGGGAUUCUGCAGGUGGAUUGUCAAUAAAUGGAAAAGGUUUGGGGAAUUAACUGAUGCAGGAUUGAGGAUUCAUAUGAGCUAUUCAUGUGGCAAAAGUUAAAAGCAGUUUGAAUUGUGUCUGCACGCAGUGGUUGAGAUCCCUUAAGUACCAAUCCUCUUCCUCUAAAGGGCAGAAUUGCAUCAAAUCUCUACAGAUUUCAUUGGGAACUGAGGGCAGCAAACUGCUGCUCUCUGGUUCUAGCCCUUCUUAUGCCCCAAGUUUCUUUGACUUUUGUCAAGGCUUUUAAAGACACAGUCAUGUUUCACUGAAAAUUUGCACAGAGAAAUUACUUUGUUUCUGUAAUUAUUAUUUGUUAUAAUUGAAUGACUUGGGGUAAGAAGUAUUAGACUUUUUUAGCCUGAUUUUGAACUUAUGCUGAUGCAGAUAGGAUGAGAGUGAUGCCUGUGGAAGUAAUUAAUUUGCUUUGUGAGUAAACAAAUGUCAUAAUUGCAGUCCUUAAUUUUUAUAAAAUCUAUUUGACAUGAAAUAAAGGUUGUUUCUUCCUUUUUUUCCUUCUUACAGCUCUUGAACAAAAUAAAUUACACAUGUGCUUAUUCUUAUGCAUAUGUAAGAAUACGUUCAUUAUUGCCUUAGAUACUCACUCUCCUUUUUGCAGCAAAAAUUUGGAUAUAGCCAGGAGCAUACACAUUAACCUGGAAACCUAAUCUUCCUGCAUAGUGAGAGAUACCUUUAUUGGAUAGCUCAGAGCACUUAUUUUGGGUAGCAGUUAGGUUUCUCAUUUCUGCAUCCAAAUCAGUUUCUGAACCUGUUAUCUGUAAAAAGAAAAUAAGUGCACUGUCCAAUUUCCCUGACAGACAAGGAGUUAAGUACUUUUUUUCUUUCUUUUUUUUUUUAAUGGUGGUCAUGCAGGUAACAAAACCAAAUAGAUAAUAUUUGAUUUUUCAAUUUCUGAAUUUUUUUUUUUCAUUAUAUACCUUUUAACUUAGUGACCGUUUGGACCGCAGGCUUCAAGAGAAAAAGAAGUAAAAUUGUUUGCAGUAUUUAUUUUCUACUGGCACCUAGAUCACUGUGAUCUAUCUCAUUUGUUAGAUACUGCAUUAUUAUACAACACAACCAAUGUUUGCCAUAACGAGUUGAUAUCCCUUGUAUAAACAAGGGAAAGAAUUAGUGAAUAAAAGAAAUAGAUAGAGAUUUACAAAUUGAUUGCAAGAAUAAUACUCCUAAAUAAAAAAAACCUAAAUAUGUUUUGCUUAUAAAAAUAAUUAUCUAAAUUUUUAAAUAAAAAUUUAAAUUAGCUGUCACAAAUACAAGAAUGUUACAGCUGAAUAUCUCAAAAUAAUACAAAUGUUGCUCUUCAUUUCAAGGAGAGCAGGAUUGUUUACAUUUUAAGUAAAAUGAGUACAGAUACAUUUAUGUUUUGUUCAAACUGAAUUUUCACUGGAAUGUAAUGUUUUUGUCCUAAUCUAAAAUAGAGGCAUGCUAUCUAAUUAUUUAAUGCAUAUAUAUUUUUAAAAGAUGUCCUAUAUUUAAAUAUGUGAAAUACUCACCAUGGCAGGGGUUGUAUUUGAAAGGGUAUUAUCGUUAUAUUUCUAAACAAAUACCAUUUAAGAGAGUU